GGCGAAGCACGAAGAGCCAGCCUGCACUACGUGCUCCGAAUCUUUUUCAAUCGUCUCUGCUGUCCGUUCAACGUAUCAGGGAAGUGCAAGUUGACUACAGGUUUCCCUGCUGCCAAACCGAAAAUGACUCAUGUCUUGCGGGGUACGCGGCACUACUCUUGGUCAAGGGCCGCGGCGUUCUUGAGAACCACCGCAUCCUCCACCGCUGCUGCUGCUGCUGCCCCUGGAACACAGCGACUACCUCCUGCACGCCUGCAGCAGCUGCGUCCACCCGCGGUUCGCUUCGGUACCGCCGCUACGGCUUCUGCGGGCCAGCCAACUUCUGCGAUCAGCACGCGGAACAACGACCCCAAGGUUUCUUCAACUGAGGUCCUCCCAAGCGAACGGCAGGUGGAAGUGCUAUGGGAUGACGGGCACAACUCGUACUUCGACUAUACUUGGCUGCGAGUGAACUGCCCGUCCUUCUUGCACGAGAGCGGUCAGAGAACCUUGUUUCCGGGAGAUGUGGAUCCAGGAUUAAAGCCAGUGGAGACAUCGGCCGGCGAUUCCCGAGUGAGCAUCACCUGGUCGGACGGGCACCUAAGCUGCUACGGGACGGCCUGGCUGCGAGAGCACGACAACUCCCCCUCGGCGCUGCACGAGCGCAGCCACGGGAGCCGGCCGGCCCCCCUCCGCGCUUGGGACGCGAUCCCUAAGGUGGAUGCUCGAGACUACAUGGAGGACGGCGGCGCGGUGUACAGGACGCUGAGAAAGAUCAACCGGGUGGGUGUGGUCCUGCUCGAGAACGCCGGGGCCGAAGAGGGAACGGUGCUCGACUUGGCUCGCCGCGUGGCACCCGUGUCCCACCACACCCUCUACGGCGAAAUGUUCGACGUGAUCUCUCAGGAUAACCCGCGUAACUUGGCCUACACCAACGAGCGACUGCGUAUGCACAUGGAUCUCGUCUACUACGAGAGCCCUCCAGGGUUGCAGUUUCUCCACUGCCUGGAGUUCGACGAAGGAGCAAAGGGUGGCCAGACGAAUUUCCUCGACGCUUUCGCCGCAGCAGACCACCUCCGGGAAAAAUUCCCGGAAAAGUUCGAGGUCCUGUCUCGUGUGCCGACGACGUUCGAGAAGAUCCGAGCUGCGGCCCCCCGUGUGGAUGGAGAGGGCAGAAACGUGCAAGCCCUAGAGCCGUCGCACAUGCAGUACCAAAGGCCCAUCUUUCAGUUGGACGCUAACGGGGAGCUUCUCGCGGUGACCUGGGCACCAAUGUUUGAAGGCGUGCUCAUGUGCCAGCCUCAGGACGUGGUCCCAUACUACUUGGCCUACAGGGAGUUCCAGCGCCUGGUCGAGGAGGGGCCCUACGCCGAGAGCCACACGGUCCGGCAGAGGCUCAAGCCGGGGCAGUGCCUAGUGUUCAACAACAGGAGGAUGCUGCACGGCCGCGAGGCGUUCACAACGUCCGAGAAAGGCUCGCGGUGGCUCCAGGGCUGCUACGUAAAUAUCGACGACGCCACGAGCCGCUUGUGCGGCCUCCACGUCAGCCGGCGCUCCUCCUCCUCCUCCCCCUCCUCCUCCUCGGCUCCCGAAUCCGGAACCGAUUAUGGUUCCGUCGCUCCGAACUACCUCACGAGGGUCGGGAACGGGUCACUCCCCGUCUCCUGGUAAAAACAUGACGUCAUUACCCGGGACACCGGCCGUCUCCCAUGGUUUGUUUUUCCCUCCUUACUUCUUGUUUUGUGACGCGGGAAAAGUAUGGUUCGGUGGUGGUUGGUUUCGCGUUCUUUGUGUUUUCUACCUCCACACGCCUUCUUCCCGCUCGUCUGCCGGAAUGGCUGGUACCGUGAGGAAUUUUCCCGGGACAGUCUUUCUGUGACUGCUUUUUGUGUUACACAACAGCAGUGUGUGUGCACGUUUUUUUUGUUGUUGUCGGCACGGCCGUGCGUUUCUGUAUUGCAGUUAGUUGCACUUUCGUGCACCUAUUUAUCGCACCGCCCGCGCGUUUAUGCCCGAGCGGAGGGAGAGUUAGGCGGACAGUUGACGCUGGUGGUUUUCUCGUCAGUAUCCUCUCUCGCUAUGGCGUGUGUUUCUUGUUCUUGUCGAUUCUUGUGGCGAGUUCGUAAAGAGAUGGUGGCGGUCGGUGGUGUUCAUCUGCAGGGGUAAAGCAGGUCCACGAGUAAAAACAAAGAGAGAGUCGUUACUGUAGCUGCACGCACGAGAUAUAUCUGUGUGCGCGUUUUAAGGUUUUGGUAUUUCACACGUGGAUGCAUGUGCGUGUGUGUGUUCUUGUUCUUGUGGUUCUUCAGUCGACAUCGACCUCGCUAACCUGCUGACGGAUAGACAAACGUCAUUCUGCUUGGGGAGGAAGUCUGGAUUUGUAGCACUGCAGAGUAAUUUUGUCCAACGCUUGCCUGCGCGCGACGCAGCGAAUAGGGCAGAGAAAGCUCGAAGCGACCUGAAGACGGGAGGGAGCACACCGCGGUUCCGAGGUGCGAUGGUCGUUACUAUGACUAGUUUAUGUUAAUGAUCAUUCAUGGCCUAGAAUUUGUCGCAACAGGAUAAUCGUCACGUCGCUGUGUCUUAUCUGUGGUUUGACGGAGUGCGAUGCGUGAUUUUUUUUUUUUAUCCAGUGGGCCAGAGAAACAUAGAAAAGCUGCAAUGGCAAUGUCACUUGGUGGAAACGUCAAACGUCACUGAGCCGUGUGGGAUCAUAUAUCCGCUCGCAGGUUACUUGUAGCGGUAGACUUGCAGCAUAGACUGACGGAGAAGAGUAGUUCAACGCGUAUUUCUAGCGGUUUACUUUGGGUUUUCGUAGUCGUUUUUGUGUGCCUUUGAAUUUUGUUCGAUACAGGUAGAAAUUGUGAAAUUGUGGUAUGUGUCCGGUCCAUUGAGCCGCGUGGUAUUCCGAUAGACUGCUGCUGCCUUUUUUAGGGCAGGAGAAAUACCCAAGAUGUCCUCGAGGAACUGUCUUGGAUCUUUGUGACAUAGAGAAGAUACGGCAAUCCCCCCUCCCCGGCUGUCUGAGGUCAAUGGUCUAACGACUACGGCAUGCACGACUAUGAGUACAACCGGGCUGUCUGGGUUUCGUGGAUUUCCAGAUUUGGGUCUUGGUAGGCAUGUCUCCUUGUGGGAAACCAAACCUCUCCACCUGCAAGGGAAGGAAGGACCUCUGGCAUUCCCGUGGGGCUUUGAGAUACGCACAACCCCUAAAUGGGGAAGCGUAUACGUUCUUCGAUUGGGAAUUGCAGUAGAGACGGAUGCCUGACACCCCCCUGUAGGGGUAGGUGUUUUUCUUUCUGUGCGUGCGUUGUCUCGGAAAAGAGAUGGCAGCGUGGGAGCGGCUGGAAUGGCGGGGUCUCACCCGUCCACCCGCACUAUCUCCCCGAACAACGCUGUUGUUUUUGAGGGGCGCGUGAGAUUGGGCUAUGCAUAGAUUGUGUGCAAGGAAAACAAAUCAAGCUCUGCUGCGCGCGCACUGCAUGUUGGGCAUCCAGCUAAAAGACAGCAGCAAACAGCGGUGGCAGCGAAAUCGUAAUUCCUGGUGGAACAAGCACCACACUAUCAGACGUUUAAAGCACAAUUUUCGAUCGCUUCAUUAACCGUCGCUUUGUGGCAAGAUUUUUUCUUCUUGGCCGUGCUUUGUCGCUUUCAUUCAAGAGGACGGAAGAAGAGGAGGUACUGGAAGCGAUGCACUUUUACCGUGUGAAAACACCCGUCACCGCGAAGACAACGUCGACGAUGUCUCGGGGGUGACAAAUCGUUCACUCAUUCUUGGCUCUCCCUCUCUCGGAGAACAAAAAAAAAACGAUCCCGGCGUUGCCGCUGACCACCCACCGGCGUUUUUCAACACCCAAAACUCUUGUCACUCAAGAUAGCGAAGGCCACACACGCUUCGGCCGUGCAGGCGCUCCAAUCAAAGCAACCUUUCCCCAAAAGCCAGAGAAACACACGAAACACGCCAGCACCAUCACGUCCAAUCAAUUCUACAUCGUACACGUCCCUUCACGAUCCGCACAGGUCAAGGACCUGUUUUGACCAAACAUGGCACGAUCCGAUCACAUCUCCGUCUCUCACCCUCCCACCCCCAGCUCCUCGAUUGCUCUCUUCCUGUCGCCCCUUCCUCUCUACGCGCAUGCUACCACAUUCUACUCGAACGAAACGCCGAAGCCAAACUGAAGAGGCCUUUCCCUGUGGAGAUCGCGAGGUGAUCGUCUCAGCACGUGGGCGUAGUUGAUCUCUAGCCUGCCGACACCUGGUGCUCUCGCCCACAAAAAGGUUUCGAAAGAGGGAGGGCAAGGGUGACGCUUUCAGACGGGACAGCGAUGGUGAAUAGAACGACUACGAUGAUAACAUCAACGCCCCAG